CUCUCUUGCUGUAAUCCGCACGCCACAAACAAUUAGCCCCCUCAUUUUCCUUAAUCCGCGGCAUUUUAAAAAUAAAAAUAAUAUUUAAUUUAACUGAUUGGUAAUUAUCAAAUCAAAAAUCAUCUCAAAGAAAAAGUUACAGUAAAUCUUUAUAUUAUACUCUCCAAAAACUACUGCGUUUACAGGUUACAGUGCAAGGAAAGAAAGAGAAGCGAUAAAAAAGGCAAAGAGAAAGCGACGGAAAGCGAGAGACAGAAAAAGCAACGUACAGAGAAACUACAGGCCGAUAUGUUUUAUGAAGAACUAAUUUAAAGAAGAAGAAGAAGAAGAAGAAGAAGAAGAGCUUAGAGCUCUCUUCAAGUCAAACACAACAAAACCGAAACAAAUUACUUAACAAGAAAACGCUUUUUCUUUUUUUGUUUGAUAGCGAUCCGAGACUCGGAUGAUAUAUCCGAUCGUUGCUGGCGAUCGGCGAUGCUCGUCGGCGGCAGAGGAGGAAGAAGGUGGUGGUGGUGGCGAUGAUGAUGGUGGAGGAGUAGUAGUUGUUGUAGUUGAAGUUGAAGAGAGGAAUAGUUUAUUAGGAGGAUGAAGAAAGGAAAGAGCAAAAAUAAUGGCAUAUUGCCUAAUUCACUGAGGAUAAUAUCGUCAUGCCUCAAAACUGUUUCUACCAAUGCUACCACUGUUGCUUCUACUGUUCGCUCUGCUGGUGCUUCGGUUGCCGCCUCUAUUUCUUCUUCUGAAGAUCAUAAGGAUCAGGUUAGCUGGGCUGGCUUUGACAGGUUGGAGUUGAGUCCGUCUGUUAUCAAGCGUGUUCUGUUACUUGGUUAUCAUAAUGGCUUCCAAGUCCUUGAUGUGGAGGAUGCUUCUAAUUAUAGGGAACUGGUUUCAAAGCGUGAUGGUCCAGUUUCAUUUUUACAGAUGCAGCCCUUCCCUUCAAAGUCUGAUGGCCAUGAAAGAUUUAGAUCAUCACAUCCUUUACUAUUGGUUGUUGCAGGAGAUGAUACCAACAGUAUAAAUGUGGGUCAAAAUCCUGGUCAUCUAGGUGGUGUAGGAAGAGAGGGUAAUAUGGAGUCCCAGCCAAGAAACUGUAUUAGUUCUCCUACAUCUGUUCGGUUCUACUCCCUUCGGUCUCACUGUUAUGUGCAUGUUCUGAGAUUUCGUUCAGCUGUGCGUAUGGUUAGAUGUAGUCCUCGGAUUAUUGCUGUGGGUCUUGCAACUCAAAUUUAUUGUAUUGAUGCUCUCACCCUUGAGAGUAAAUUUAGUGUUCUUACCUAUCCCGUUCCCCAAUUGGCUGGACAAGGAGGGAUCAAUGUAGGUUAUGGUCCAAUGGCUGUUGGUCCAAGGUGGUUAGCUUAUGCAUCAAAUAAUCCACUGGUUUCAAACACUACCCGCCUUAGUGCACAGAGUCUUACUCCAUCCCCUGGUGUUAGUCCAUCAACGUCACCAGGUGGCACCAGCUUGGUGGCACGUUAUGCGAUGGAAUCUAGUAAACAGUUGGCUGCUGGAAUUAUCAACCUGGGGGACAUGGGAUAUAAAACAUUUUCUAAAUACUGUCAGGAGUUGCUUCCUGAUGGGUCCAAUUCUCCAGUGUCACCGAGUUCUGGCUGGAAAGUGGGUAGGCUUGCAGGGUCAGAUAUGGAUACUGCAGGGAUGGUUGUUGUCAAGGAUUUUGUCUCCCGAGUUGUUAUAUCACAAUUUAAAGCUCAUACCAGUCCCAUUUCUGCUCUAUGUUUUGACCCAAGUGGGACGCUGCUGGUUACUGCUUCAAUAUACGGGAAUAACAUAAAUAUCUUUCGGAUCAUGCCUUCCUGUUCACGGGGUGGAUUGGGUGUUCAAAGCUAUGACUGGAGCUCUUCUCAUGUGCAUCUUUACAAGCUACAUCGUGGAAUGACUUCAGCAAUGAUCCAGGAUAUAUGCUUUAGCCACUAUAGCCAGUGGAUUGCAAUUGUUUCGUCCAAAGGGACAUGCCAUGUCUUUGUUUUAUCUCCUUUUGGCGGUGAUUCUGGAUUUCAGUCUCUUAAUUCUAUGGGUGUAGAGCCCUCACUAUAUCCCAUUUUGUCUCUACCUUGGUGGUCCACAUCAUCUUGGAUGAUUAAUCAGCAACCUUAUCCCCCCCCACCUCCUGUCUCGCUUUCUGUGGUGAGCAGAAUAAAGUACAGUAGUUUUGGAUGGCUUAAUACAGUUGGCAAUGCCACUGGUUCUGCAGCAGGAAAGGUUUUUGUGCCAUCGGGUGCAGUUGCUGCUGUUUUCCAUAAUUCUAUAUGUCAAAGUGCUCAGCAUGUUAACUCAAGGGCCAAUCCCUUGGAGCAUUUGUUAGUAUACACUCCGUCAGGUCAUGUAGUUCAGCAUGAGCUUCUUCCAUCUAUUGGGCUGGAAUUGGGUGAAAGUGGAUCGAAAAUCCAACCAGCUUCAUUUGUGCAUAUACAAGAAGAUGACAUGAAAGUGAAAGUUGAACCUGUUCAAUGGUGGGAUGUAUGUAGAAGAUCAGAUUGGUCCGAAAGAGAGGAAUCUGUUAUUGGGAGUACCAAUGGACAAGAUGCUGUUGAAAUAAUUACAAGAAAACCAAGUGGUGAAAAUAACUUUGAGAUGGUUUUUCUGGACACUAAUGGUGAUGUGAAUGAAAAGAAAUCAUCGAUAUCAUAUUCUAUGAAACCUCAUGAGAAAUCCCACUGGUACCUGUCUAACGCAGAGGUGCAAAUAAGCUCUGUGAGGUUGCCAAUAUGGCAAAAAUCUAAGAUUUGCUUUUAUGUGAUGGACUCUCCAAGAGUUAAUUACAAUGAUGGAGAAUUUGAAAUUGAAAAGGUUCCUAUCCAAGAAGUUGAGUUAAAGCGAAAGGAAUUAUUGCCAGUUUUUGAUCAUUUUCACAGCUUCAAAUCAGGGUGGAAUGACAGAGGCAUUGCUGUGGCAAGAUAUAUCCACUCACCUUCUUCAGAAGCUCAUCAGGCUGAAGGCAAGAGCACUCAGGAGACUAUUAUUUGUCACUCAAAACCAGCAUCACUCAGCUCAACUGGAAGUUCAGAAUGUGGUUCGUCGAGAAGAAUUGAAAAUCUGCUAGAUUUGGAUCAAAUAAAUUGUGAAAAAUCUUACAUCCCCAUUUGCCAGACUCUAAAUGAUUACUACCAGGAAACAAGAGGGGGUCCCGGUCUGCAGUCUGGCACAAUAAAUCAGAAUUCGUUAACCAUUGCAUCUCUUCCAUCUGAGCACCCAAAGAAUGGAGAUGCUAGUGUUGAUAAUUGUAUUGAAAAUGGUCUGCCCUCAUCACCAAAUUACUUGCCUCCUGCAGGAAGAAUAUUUGCUGGUGAAGCUCCAACUUUGAACAUCAAAAGGACCGGUGAUGUUUCGGCAUCACCGGCUGACAAUUAUGAUUCACAGAUAAAUAUCCUCAUGGGAGUGCCUGCUCUUCCAGUAGCAGAGAAUCCUGUAGGCUUUGAGCUGUCUUUUCAGGAGGGGCACUAUAAAGCAUUGGACCUUGAUAGAUGCUGCACGUCAACUGAGGUUGUAACUGAUGAUGUCGACAGCAGCAGUAGCCACUGUGAAAAGGAAAAGCCCGAAGAGGAUGGGGAGAAUGAUGAAUUUCUUGGUGGCAUGUUUGCCUUCUCUGAAGAAGGUUGAUUUUAACCGUUCCUGUACUGAAAGCGAAGAGUUAAAUUGGUGGGCUUCAUGGGUCCCUGCGAUCAAAUUGUUUUUGAAAAUUUGAUGUUAGUUCAUUGAAGAUGUUUUGUUUUGGCGACGCAAGUGCAUUGAUGGUGUGAAUAAGAGAGUGGCAGAUGAAGUUACGGUUUUGCCUCUCUCUUUCUCUUGUAAAUUCUGUAAAUGAAAAAUUCUUAAAUUUGUGGAGGCUGCUAGAUUUGGCGAAACAGGCGAAAUAUAAAAUUAGGAUUAGAUUUGGAUUUGCAUUCUGUUAACUCUCUGUACAGAUGGACUGGGUGUGAUCAAGUUCUCUCCAAGCUGUAUAACUUAUUAUGUUUUUUGUGGUCUUCUGCCAAAAAGAAAAAAGGAAAAGAAAAAGGGGGAAUUUAAAGUAACAGGCAAAUCUGUAUUUUGGUCUCUAA